AGUCGGGAAACCACGUCGGACAAAUCCACGUCCUCGCCGAAGGGAAACUUCCGGGUCGCCGCCUGCAGGAUGGCGCGUCGGCUGCCCGCGUCGGUGGUAUUCCCCAGGUACAAGAGUCGGUCGAAGCGGCCGGGGCGCAGCAAGGAGGAAUCCAAGAGGUCCGGGCGGUUCGUCGCACCGAUGACAAAGACGUCCUGUCUCCCCGUUUCUCCCUCCCGCCC